CCCUGAGGGGCCGCGACGGAGGCCACGAUUGGAGGCCCAGUCGGUGACGUAACUCUCCGUUCGGGGUGGCCUUCCGCUCGGGCGGCAGUCUGGAGGAGCUAGGGAACACUUAGCGGGGCUGCAGAGCCCCUGAGCCCUUGGAAGUGAGAUGAGGUCUGUUAGCUACGUGCAGCGCGUGGCCCUGGAGUUCAGCGGGAGCCUCUUCCCGCAUGCCAUCUGCCUCGGAGACGUCGAUAACGACACGUUAAAUGAACUGGUGGUGGGAGACACCAGCGGAAAGCUGUCUGUGUAUAAGAGUGAUGACAGCCGGCCGUGGCUCACCUGUUCCUGCCAGGGAAUGCUCACUUGUGUCGGUGUUGGAGAUGUAUGUAACAAAGGGAAGAACCUGGUGGUGGCCGUCAGUGCCGAGGGCUGGUUUCACUUGUGUGACCUGACACCUGCCAAGGCCCUGGGUGCUUCAGGGCACCACGAGACCCUCGUGGGGGAGGAGCCCCGCCCCGUCUUCAAGCAGCACAUCCCUGCCAACACCAAGGUCAUGCUGAUCAGCGACAUCGACGGCGAUGGCCGCUGCGAGCUGGUGGUGGGUUAUACAGACCGCGUGGUGCGGGCUUUCCGCUGGGAAGACCUGGGUGACAGCAGUGAGCAUCUGACCGGGCAGCUGGUGUCACUCAAGAAAUGGAUGCUGGAGGGUCAGGUGGACAGUCUCUCAGUGACUCCAGGGCCCCUGGGCGCUCCCGAACUGAUGGUGUCUCAGCCAGGCUGUGCUUAUGCGAUUCUGCUGUGCACCUGGAACAGGGAUGCUGGGCCCGCCCCCACCUCCGAGGGGCCGGCGGAGGGCACUCGGGAGACCCCAGCUCCCCGAGAGGUGGUGCUGCACCAGACAUCCGGCCGCACCCACAACAAGAAUGUCUCCACUCACCUCAUUGGCAACAUCAGGCGAGGCGGAGGCCACAGCCCUGAGAGCGGUGCCUCUGGCCUCUUUGCCCUCUGCACCCUGGACGGGACGCUGAAGCUCAUGGAGGAAGCGGACAAACUGCUGUGGUCGGUGCAGGUGGACCACCAGCUUUUUGCCCUCGAGAAACUGGACGUCACGGGCAACGGGCACGAGGAGGUGGUUGCCUGUGCCUGGGACGGACAGACGUACAUCAUCGAUCACAACCGCACCGUCGUCCGCUUCCAAGUGGAUGAGAACAUCCGCGCCUUCUGUGCAGGCCUGUACGCCUGCAAGGAGGGCCGCAACAGCCCCUGCCUGGUGUACGUCACCUUCAACCAGAAGAUCUACGUGUACUGGGAGGUGCAGCUUGAGCGGAUGGAGUCCACCAACCUGCUGAAGCUGCUGGAGGCCCAUCCGGACUUCCGGAGCCUGCUGCGGGAGCUGGGCAUAGAUCCUGACGACCUCUUGGCCGCCCGUGCUCUACUGCACCAAACCCUCUACCACCCGGACCGGCCACCGCAGUGUGUUCCCACAGGCCUCCAGGAUCCCACCUAGCUGGCCCAGCCCUCUUAGCGGAACCAGGGUCCUCCUGAACUUCCGCACCCCCACAAGGUAUCUGUGGUGUUUGCACAACAGGGAUGUCCGUGACAGGAGGGACAGCGGCAACCCCAGGGUGACUCUGAACUGUGGACCUCGUGGUCUGCUGGGGAAAAGAUAAAGUGACCCUCUGCCCAUUUCCUCGUGCACUCGCCCAUCAGAGCAGGGUCCCCGACCUCACUCCACAUUACCUGGCACUGCUCCUCUCCAGAGCUCCCCACUCUUGCUGUGUGGGAGAUAGACUUGUUCGUGAGCUGUAACACACUUUGCUGCAACAGAGCCGUGGCAGUAAGGGCUCCACCCCAUCCCGAGUGCUGGCUCCACGGCACAACUCCAAGUCACUGACACUAGUGGUUGUCACGGGAGUGGCAGCUACACACUCUGUUCCACUUAUUAUGGGGUUACGUCCUGAUAAACCGUCGAGAGUUGAAAAUACCAUAAACCAAAAGUGCGUUUAACGCACCUCCUCUACUGAAUGUCACAGCUUAGCCUUGCCUGCCAUGAACGUGCUCAGAACACAUACAUCAGCCUAUGCUUAGGCAAAAUCAGCUCCCACAAAGCCUAUUUUGUAAUAAAGAGUUGAGUACCUCACGGAAUUUAUUGAAUACUGUACUGACAGUGAAAACAGAGGGUUGUCUGGGUACAGGAUGGUUCCGAGUGUGUAGGUGGUUCACCCUCACCGUCGGGCUGCCUGGGGGCUGUGCGCUCUGCUGAGCAUCACGAGAGGGGACCGGACCCUGUGUUGCUAGCUGGGGAAGAUCAAAAUCCAGAGUGCCCUUUCUACUGCAUUGUGUGUAUUGCUUUUGUUCCAUCAUAAAGUAAAAAAA